CGUUGCUCCACUGAAUUCUGUUCUCAAGUGUUGUGGAACUUUUGUUGGCUCUGAAAAUCUGGUUAUGGUGAGAAACCAGACCCUCCCCUUGGAUGACAGGAUUGAAGAAAUGGAUCCCAAGUACAAGAAGGUUCUCGGUAGCCUUGCAGCAAACUUGGCAGCCUCAACCCUUAAGCUGAAAUCGAGGUACUUCCAUCGAAUUGGUGUUGCAGGCAAGGGAUCCUUAAGGCUCUACAAUGUCUUGCCUGGUUUGCCAGAUCACAAGAUUUUCGGUCCUGGUGCUACCUAUCCUGUCAUUAUCCGGCAUAGCAAUUGCUUGAGUUCUGAUGACGAUGCAAGGCUUGAUCCGCGUGGUGCAGCAAUAAGGAUCCUAUCACAUGAGAGAACUACUCCACUGUCUCCACUACUUGAUCUGACACUGAAGACGGGGAAGGCUUUUCAUGCUCGUACUAUAGGCGACUUUGCUACAUGGCUCGUUUGUGGAGCUGCUGCUCGAGAAGAGCACGUGAAGCAUGCUCCACACAUUCGCGAUGCAAUGUGGGGAUCACUGAGAAGACCAAAUUCUUACACCGAGCUGCAUUAUUACUCAAAUAUUUGCAGGCUUUUCAGAUUUAAAGAUGGGCAGGAAAUGUAUGUUAGGUUCAAGUUAAGGCCUUUUGAUGAGAAGAUUGGUGAGGAAUCUGGGGAGGUAGAGCCCAGAGGUAUACUUCCUCCAGAAACUGGUGCUAUUCCAAGAGACGAGAAUGACAAACGUCCACUGCUUUUCCUAGCUGAAGAUUUCCAAUUGCGCGUGAGUUCUCCAGACAAGGUCCGUUAUGUUCUUCAGCUGCAAAUCCAACCAAUUCCAGACGAAGAAAGAGUACGCGAGAUACUACUAGAUUGUACAAAGCCAUGGGAUGACAAAGAAGUUCCAUACAUUGAAGUUGGGGAGAUAACUAUAGAUCAAGUCCUCACGGAAAAAGAAUCAGAAGAGCUCGAGUUUAAUCCAUUCUUCAGGUGUGAUGAAGUAGAUGUCAUCAGAGCUACUUCGUGCAACCAGAGUGCAUCAAUCGAUCACGGGCGUUCACUGGUUUACACAAUAUGCCAACAUCUGAGGAACAGAAAGCCUCUCCCAGAGGCAUGGAGAAUCUUCUUAGAUCAAUCUGACAUAAAACUUGACCUCUCAGGCUGCCCUUUGGCAGCAAAACUUGAGAAUAAGGAUAUGCCUAAGGCAACACUGGCAAGACAAUGGUACGUGACUGUUAAGAAAGGAGGAUUUGUGGGCAGUAGAGCUGUGGCAAUGCCUGGAGCAACCAUAGAUUGUGGAGGUAGCCUUGGAGCACUGUCACUAGCCAUGAAGGAAGAGAUGAUCAAAUAAAUAAUAAGAGAAGAAUUUUACAAUGUCCCGUGCUUUGCAAAGCUGUACUUUAUACUUUACUCGAGGUAUAUAGGAGGAGAGUACAACUUUGUUAAACACAAAGUGCACUUCAAAAAGUAUAAAGUACAUUCACGGUAUUGUAAUUCACGUCAUUGUAAAAUUUUCUUGUUCCAUAACAAGAGUGUUCAUAAUGUAGGCAUUAUGGACAGCCUUGUAGC